CCUCAUACUUGAUAUAUACACAUCAACUAAAAACCAUGAAACUAGUACCAUAUGUAGACAACCCAGAACAUUGGUUGAAACUUAUUCGAGCUGGGAGACAGAAUAGAUUGAAAGUAUCUCAAACAGGAAGAGGGUGGAUAGGCAUAGAUGACAUUAAAGAAGAUACUAAACCGGUACAAAUCAUUUCACCCAUGACUGCAGUUGUCGACAGAGCAAAGGCACAAUUGAAACGUCAACAUGAAGAUAUGAAAUAUGAAGAGUAUAGACCAUCUAAAGAGAAACAACAAAACUCUGUAAAUAUAAAGAAGAAACAUUCAUUUAAACAGAAAAAACAAAACACUUCGAAUACAAGAAAGAAACGGACAUUCUUAUACAAACCACCUGGUAUCCCAGCAAGGAUGGACGAUUAAAGUUAUUUGUAUAUAAUACUGAAUGAUAUGAAUAAAAAUAAAUAACUAAAGUUUCAAAUGUUGUUUGCUAUUUACAGUCAUUUACAAAUGGUUUGAAUAUGUAUGAACAUUAGUUAGCAUUACCUCAUUAGCAUCUGUUAGCAUUAUCAUUAGCAUAUGUUAGCAUUAUCAUUAGCAUCUGUUAGCAUUACCAUUAGCAUCUGUUAGCAUCAUCAUUAGCAUAUGUUAG